AUGCCGCCUUCAUGCUAUCGAAAUAGUCAGUUAACCUGCACCUGCAUCAACAGAGCUCUAAUCACAGAGCCCCCAGACGAACAACCAGCUCAUUCAUCCAUAACUCACCCUCACCGUUCGCGGCAAGACUUCCUUCCUGUGCAUCCGGAGAGAGCCUGUACGUCCACGUCCAGCGGCUUUCGCACCCCGCUCGCCUCUCAAUGCAGACCCAUCAAGCCAUGCCACAACCUUCGUAUAACCGAGCAACCGUCUAUAUGA